ACUAAUUCCUCCAGAUCCCCCCGUCAUCAAAAAAGGCUUUCUGAGCCCUAGGAUUUCAAAAAAUUCAACACAUGGUUCCCAACACUAAAGAUUCCUACCUGAUCACUGGUGGAAAUGGAUUGCUCGGAAGACAUAUCGCGAAGAUGCUGCUUGAGCGCGGAGAGACCUCUGUCGCCGUAUUCGAUAUUGCGCCUUCCGCAGAGUCCGACGAGCGCAUUAUCGAGUUUCUGGGAGAUGUCACAAAUAAGGGUGAUCUCUCAAACGCAGUGAAGAAGUGUAACGCGACGUGCAUCUUCCAUACAGCCGCUCUGGUUCAAGGCGCUCCUCGGGACGCCAUGUUCCACGUCAACGUGCAGGGCACACAGCAGGUCAUAGCCGUUGCGCGCAAUUACAGUGUCUCCAAGCUCGUGUUCACAAGCAGCGCAAGCGUGGUGUUCGACGGCACCGACCAGGAUGGCGUCGAUGAAACCGCUCGAUAUCCUGAGACGCCCUUUGACGACUACAACGCGAGCAAGGCAGAGGCAGAGCGGUUGGUCCUCGCGGCGGACGAGCAGUACGAUGUCGGUCUGAAGACGGUUUCGCUCAGGGUUGCUGGAUUGUUUGGCCCAGGAGAUCGCCAUGCCAUCCCCGGUUUCAUGAACGUGUUGGAAUCCGGCCGCACGGGCAUGCAAAUCGGCAACAACCAGAACCUCUUCGACUUCACCUACAUCCCCAACGCCGCCCUCGCGCACCUCCUCGCGGCUGAUCGGCUCUCUCCGUCUCACCCGAAGUACUCGUUCGUCCACGGCGAGGCCUUCUUCAUCACGAAUGGCGCACCGAUGCCCUUCUGGGACUUCCCCCGCGCGCUUUGGAAAGAGGCGGGGCACGUCCCCACGAAGAUCACGGUCAUCCCCCGGUUCCUCGCGAUGAUCAUCGCGUUCUUCAUGGAAAUCUGGGGGUGGAUCACGCGCACGACGCCGACAUUGACGCGGUUCCGGGUGACGUACGUAACUACGACGCGAUGGUGCGACAUUACCAGGGCGAGGGAGGCGUUGGACUAUGAGCCCAAGUAUUCCAUCGAGGAGGGGAUACGCGACUCUGUGGAGUGGUGGAAGGAGUCGCAGCAGAGUCGGGAAAAGAAACUCUGAGGAGAUGUCGGCGUAGUGUGAAUAGCGGUCUUACACCGGCCGUGCCGGCAUGGCUAGUGCGAACCAGUAUGCCCUGUAUGUCCGCUCUCCGCGAGAGCUCACUACUGACUAUUCAUGAUACCCGAUGAUCACGCCUGUGCACCGAGCGGUAUCAAGCAGCAUCGAUCAACGAAUCCAAUCGUUAUCAGUAAACCUGAACUCGAACGCACUUUACGUUCGCGCAGCCCUUAAUGAUCGCGCAUCUCUAUCGUUCUACUCGGUACGGGAUCACGUAAUGCCAGAUAACGUCAGUACUGC